AUGGCUCAGCAAUAUAAGCUUCCGUUCGAGCUGGACAACCCCGACUUGCUCCAUUUCGACUCCUAUGUCGGUAAUUCCUGGGUCACAGCGAAGAGCGGUGCACGAUUCGAAGUCAUCGAUCCCGGUACGGAUCUCCCCUGGGCAAGCUGCCCUACAAACUCGGCCGAAGACGUCGAUUCCGCCGUACAAAUUGCCCACGACGCCUUCGAGAAGUUCAAAAAAGUCAACCCUCGCCAACGUGCCCAAUGGCUUUUGAAAUGGGACACGCUCAUCCGCGAGGCCAGGACCGACUUGGCCAAGAUCCUGACUCACGAGACGGGCAAGCCUAUUGCCGAGUCUUAUGGUGAGAUUGACUACGCAACUGGCUUUACCUGGUGGUUCGCCGGGGAGGCAGAGCGUAUACAUGGAACGAUUGCUGUCCCUGCUGCCCCCAACCGGCGCGUCUUCACCGUUAAGCAACCCAUCGGUGUCGCUGCGGCUCUUGUCCCCUGGAACUUCCCCAUUGCCAUGGUUCUACGCAAGGCCGGUGCAGCUCUGGCUGCUGGGUGCACGAUGAUUGUCAAGCCCAGUCCCGAGACUCCCCUUACAGCCUUGGUGUUGGCCCAUCUGGCCCAGAAGGCCGGGUUUCCCGCCGGUGUAUUCAAUGUGCUUACGACAGACCUGGAGAACACGCCCCCGCUCAGCGAAGCUCUGUGCAAGCAUCCGCUAGUAAAGAAGGUUACGUUCACUGGCUCAACCCGCAUCGGUAAACUGAUUGCCUCUCACUGCGCGCACGGCCUGAAGAAGGUCACACUAGAGCUGGGCGGCAACUGCCCAUUCCUUGUCUUCGACGAUGCAGACCUCAAUCAGGCAUUGGACCAGCUGAUGGCUCUCAAAUGGCGUCAUGCAGGACAGGCCUGUAUCACCGCGAAUCGGGUAUACGUGCAGGCUGGCGUCUACGACAAGUUCGCGGAGAUGCUCAAGGAGCGCACGGCCAAACUUAAGAUCGGCCAUGGUGCAAGCGAAGGCACAACGUUGGGUCCCCUCACAACCCCGCGCAGUAUCGACAAGGCGAUUAGCCAGGUUGAAGAUGCACGACAGCUAGGCGCGGAGGUUAUUCUUGGCGGAAAUCGUGUCGAGGGGACGAAGGGGUACUUCUUUGAGCCGACGAUCUUGAAGAAUAUGACCAAGGACAUGUUGGUGUCGCGCGAGGAGUCCUUUGCUCCCAUCGCGGCCCUCUACAAAUUCGAGACGGAGGAUGAAGCCGUCAAGCUGGCUAACGACACUAGCAUGGGUCUGGCAAGUUAUGCCUUUUCCAAGAAUAUCGAUCGCAUGUGGCGACUGCUGGAAAAUCUGGACGCCGGUAUGAUUGGCAUGAACACAGGGAACUCGUCGGCGGCCGAGUCGCCGUUCGGAGGAAUCAAGGAAUCAGGAUACGGAAAGGAGAGUGGAAAGGAAGUGGCUGUGAACGAGUACUUGAUUACCAAGACUGGAACUUUGACAAUUGAUGGGCAAUAUUGA